GUACAAACCGGUCGCAAACAACAAGAUUGUUCCGUUUGGAUAAACACAGCAAAUCCUAGAUUGACAAACAACAACUCAGACUCAAAGACAUGGUUCAGGAUAGAACGUUCCCACUGGGCGUGGCUGGUGUCAUCGGAUCCCUGUUGUUCAUAUCGACGGUAUAUCUGCUCUGCAAGCACAAGCGCAGGUUGAAGAGACAGAACAGAGUGCAACCAUGGAUAGACAUGGACAAUACACAAGCAUCAGCAGAUCCUGUAGUAAACUCCUAUCCUCCCUCCAUCAGAUCCGCAUUGUACAAAAAUAUAGAAACAACAAGAUCAUUGCGAAAAGAUGCGACGUGGCGAAUUAUCAGACGGGCUGUUCUUGAGUUCAUACGAGUAACUGCAGUCCUUCUUCUUCUAGUCUACAUUGCUCCAUCUUGGAAUUCUUACAAAUCUACAACAGACAAUGAUGGUUUCAGUUCAAUAUUACCGCAGUAUAUUGUCAUUCCUUUGGUGCUUUUCGACUUUGCUGUCAUUCCAGUUGCUUGGCUUAGUUGGAAACGACUGUACAUAGAACAGAAAGUUGCAUAUGGCCUCUACUGUCUGUUUCUUGGUCUGCCGUGUGGUACAAUCACAAAAGUUGUCGUCUCGAUGAGACAUGGUGGUACAUCAAUACCCGAUUGGGCUUUGUUCACAUCAACGGUGGUAUCAUUUGCUAUAUCGGUGUUGGCUGUUUUCCUCUACUUUAUCUGGUGUGGCUGCUUUCGUCGAACUCAGGAAAACGGCAGUUCGGGACCUGAUUGCCGUUGUUUCUUUACAGGGCUGGUACUCACUGCAAUACUGUUUAUCUUCUCUGUUUUUCUUGGGGCAGUUCUGCACUUCCUUUGGCCUGAUACUGUGUCUGUAAAGAAAGACAUGUUCAACACAUUAGAGUUCCUUGAUAGCAACUGGAUUGGUCGGCUAACAGCGGUCUGGAUCAUUUUGUCUGUUGUCUUUCUUUUUGGUACGGGAACAUUGAUGGAGAACAUAAUUUCAGGUCGACUGAGAAGAGCAGUUUGGAUGCUACCCGACUUGUUUCUAUUCUACGGAUACAGCACGUUUGUUAUGAUGGCUGCUUACGAAGCAAGCUACCCUGGAUCAUUCACACCAGUCAUAUUCCUAUAUCUACCUAUUGUAUUAGGAGAACUGCUUUCGAUGACAACCUACAUCAUGACAAUCCUUAUUCCCUGCCGUACUGAACUAUAUUGGAAAAAGAAGACAGAUAAUCUAUCAUAUGCUAUAACAGUCCAACCACCCAGCCAAUGGGGCAUAUUUGAGGUAUCAUGGUGGUUGACAGAAGUAACAGGUGUAGACGAAUAUUGUAGCAUAUGUGAACGUCAUAAGAUAACAGGAAGGAGACUGCAAGAAAUGUCAAAGAUCGAACUAGAUCAGAUUGGCAUUACAUGCUCCAUCCAUCGUAAACGAAUAAAGUUAAGUCUUCUCCUACUAGCAUCAAAGAGAAAUGAUAACUAUAGUGUCAACUGUGAAACAGAAAUAAUAGAUCCAUGGACUGAAGCAGAUGAUCAAUUAAAAAAAGCACUAACUGAUAUUGACUCAGAUUGGAUACAUUCCACCUGGCUGUCAGAGCUGGGACUUAGUCACUUGAGCAGCAAGUUCCAAUCAUUUUCUAUCGAUGGUGCUCUCCUAUUCGUUUUAAACAGAGAUGAUCUCACCAGUGCUUUGGAAAUCACAUCAGAAGCAGAACGUGAAAGCUUGUUAGCAGGCAGAGAGCUGCUCAGCUUAUGCAGAUAUAACAUUAGGGCAUUAGAACAGCUGAGCAAAAUGAACGGAAUCUCUGACAAGUGCCUCAUGCUCUGGUCCAAUCACGAUGUUCUUGGAGCAUUAGAAACAUUGCCUUUAGAUUGUGCAACAGGUCUUCAUGGUGCUUACAUUCUGCACCCUCACUUCCACCCAAGAAAUGCUAUCACUGGUUUAAGCUCAGAAGCUAGCAUUCUCAUUCUUGAAAAGUUAUGUUGGGCUUUGCAAAAAAUGACCGAAUCAGUGAAACAAAAGAGUGAAAAACGUACUGUAGCUGACAUUCCUCUCAAGCACUGUGGCGGCCAAGAUACCACAAAUUCUACAAAAACUCCAAUUUUGCAUACAAAAAAGGCAGAAGCAGAUACUGAUGAUGCGUUAGGCAGCUCUGAGUAUUGCAGACAACUUACUUCCAGUCUACUGUCACACUACAGUGAGAUCUGCUUACAAAAACUGAAAAUAUUCCAACGAUUUCGAGACACUCUGAUUCAAUUCCAGAUCAGACCUGCUUCACGAGCUACACUCCCUCCACUUAGUCUGGAACAACAUUGCUUAUCGGCACCUGCCUACUGGGAAGCAUACAAUGGUGAUCUCAGCUUCCAUAGUAUAGCAGAAUAUAAAAGAGUACAAGUCACAGACCCUCUUUUGAGUGCCAUAAAUAUGCUUGUCACAACCACAUGGAUUACAGAUAAAAAUGAAACUGGUCAGAGUACUUGCCAAGUAGAAAGUAUUGACAGAAUUGAAAACCCUCGUGUCUUCUUACAAUAUCAAACUAAGUUGGCAAAAGUGGAACGAACAUGCAACAAUACAAGUCACCCUGAUCCGCCGGUUAGCACACAAGACACAGAUAUUGCACAACAUGCUCAACUGAAGACAGCAGCAAACGAGUACUACCUGUGGCAUAGAGCACAUAUGGAGCAUGUGGAUAACAUAUGUAGAAAUGGUCUUGAAAGUUUCAUUUCAACCGAAGAACUGUUUGGAAGUGGCAUACACUUUAAAGAGAGGUCAUCAAAUGCCAAUCAACUUGCAUUCAUGGAUUCACAAACUGCCAGAUUCACAAGCAAAAAUUACUUGUUUCUUGUUCGUGUCUGUAUGGGAAACUUUUUGCACAUCUCAGAGAAAGUUGACUGGACAAGACCACCCUGCAUGGCACCAGCAUGCACUGGUGUCUGCACUCACCAGGUUUAUAACUCGGUUAUUGGACAGAUUCCUGGACAAAGUGACAGACAAUUUGUAAUAUAUGAGAAAGAGCUCUGUUACCCUGAGUAUCUUAUCACCUAUUAUGUAACAUAAAACUAUUUAAUUUAAAAUAAAAUAAAUUAAAAUUAAAAUCAAAUUGUUCUAGAAUUCAUUAUAAAAUCAGUUUAA